AUGUCAUUAUCGAAACUUGGACUCGACUGGGAAACGCUUCCGGGUGAGAUGAAAAUGGAAGUUGUGAAAUGGCUGGAUUAUGAGUCGAGGUAAAGUGCACGGCCUACAAAACUCUUCUACUAUACAACUUGUUCAGAUGUCGACUCGAACGCACCUCGAUCGGAAACUAUCAAAUCAUAAAAGCCGUACCCAUUCGCAUAAGCCAAAUGCACGUUAAAACCGGCUCAAAAUCGACGGGCACCGGCAUUCUGUGUGAAAUAAAACCGUACAUCAGUGAGAGAGUGCCGAGUGCCCAGGUGCUCGAAACGUUUCAGAGCCUAUUCGAGCACAAGGCCUCUCAAAUCGACGAGUUGCAACUCGGCUCGAAUAGUCAAGGCGACACGCGCUACGGCUCCGAAUUCUAUCACGAUUUGUGCGAGGAGAUGGGCAGACGACACUUGAUAAGAAUCCGGAAAUUGGAGUGGAAUUGUACGGUGCACAUGGGCGGUGUACUUGUGAACGUGCUCGAAUGUCUCGAUCCGAACACACUCAAAACGUUGCAUUGUACGGAGACACUGAAGAGCGAGCCGAUGCGCAAGUUGAUGGCGACGAAGCAGUGGAAGAGUCUGGAGGAGGUGGAGAUCGGCUCGACCUCAUUCCCAAUGCACAUCGAACAGUUUUGGCAUUUCAAGAACUUUCGCAUUGUUAUUCCGCGGCUCACUGAGGUGGACGCUUGGAGACUCAUCAAGGUUCGUUUGUGAAGAGUUGUCAUUUGAAGACUGAAAAAGUGCAACACCUAUCGUUUCUUAUUUCUAUAACUUACACGACUUUUUGACAGAGCUAACGCUCCGAAAGUGGCUUCAUUCUAUGAAAAGAGAGGCAGGCGACGGCGACCAAAAACGUAGAAAGGGGCGUGGCCUAGCAUUUUGGCGCGAAAUUCGAAAUUUAACCCCAUUUUUCAUGUGUUUCGUCAAAAAUUACCCAAAUUUUGUACGAUUUCGACGAUGUAAUUGCAUAACUUUGUUAAACUAAUCAUCGCGCGCACUUUUUGAGCUUAAAACAAGCAGGUUUCAUUCAGAGAAUGAAUCAAUUGAAUCGAUUUUCAAGUUUUGUGCUGAAAAUGCGCGAAUUUCAGUCAUUUGCCGAUACUUUUUGCCGUUUAAACGCUUAAAAUACUUGUAUUAACGUGCUUCGCCUCAAAACUAUCCACAUCGGCCGGUAUGAAAAUUCCGAAAUUGCGGCGGCGAUUGGCCGCGGAGGGCGUAUUGCGAAAUAUGCCAAAAACGUCUCGAACGCGGCGUUUUCACGAAAAUUUCAAUGUUUUCUCUCUUUAAUGUCUCUUCUGUUCGUCGAUAUCAACCACAAAAAUGGCGGAAAAGUGCUGGAAUUGCGGCAAUUUUCAGAAAACGCAAGCAAUUGUACAUUUUCCAGCACCGUCGUUCGUUGCCCCUUUCCGCCCAUUCGUUCUUCUACGUCGGCACGCACAAACCGUUCGAGGACACUACGAAAAUUCUGGAGCAAUUCGACGUCAAACCGAAGAACGAGCCAGUCCUAAACACGUAAGUUCCCGCGUUAUUCCAAUUCCACGCGGCAUUCUUUUGUUUUCUACAGAAACCGAGAAAAUGUUCAUACUCAACGAUUCCGGCUUGCUCACCGCGACGAUUUGGUGUUGAUCGUCGAGAUAAAGGCGUCCUCAAUUGAAGGAUACGCACUGUUCAAGGAGCACAUUUCGGAUUAUCAACAUCCGUUUAUAAAUUUAGAUUGA